GUCGCGGGGCGGCGGCGGCGGCGGGAGCGGCGGCGGGGCCGGGCGGGGCGGGCGCGGGCGGCGGCGGCGGCGGGCGGCGCCCCCGGGCAAUAUGUUCAAGAGAAUGGCAGAGUUCGGGCCUGACUCCGGCGGCAGGGUGAAGGGCGUUACCAUCGUGAAGCCGAUCGUGUACGGGAACGUCGCGCGGUAUUUUGGGAAGAAGCGAGAGGAGGAUGGUCACACUCACCAGUGGACGGUGUACGUGAAGCCGUACCGGAACGAGGACAUGUCUGCAUAUGUGAAAAAAAUUCAAUUCAAGUUGCAUGAAAGCUACGGUAAUCCUUUAAGAGUUGUUACCAAACCACCAUAUGAAAUCACCGAAACAGGCUGGGGUGAAUUUGAAAUAAUCAUUAAGAUAUUUUUCAUUGAUCCAAAUGAACGACCUGUAACUUUAUAUCACUUGCUGAAGCUUUUUCAGUCGGAUACCAAUGCCAUCCUGGGGAAGAAAACUGUAGUUUCUGAAUUCUAUGAUGAAAUGAUAUUUCAAGAUCCUACUGCAAUGAUGCAGCAGCUGUUAACAACGUCUCGUCAACUAACACUAGGUGCUUAUAAACAUGAAACAGAGUUUGCAGAUCUUGAAGUAAAAACCAGGGAGAAGCUCGAAGCUGCCAAAAAGAAGACUAGUUUUGAAAUUGCUGAGCUUAAAGAAAGACUAAAAGCAAGUCGUGAAACCAUCAACUGUUUAAAGAGUGAAAUCAGAAAACUUGAAGAAGAUGAUCAGUCUAAAGAUAUGUGACAAGUGCUGACUUGAGUGUGUACUGAAAAUGGAAAGACUUCAGUCAUGGAAUUGUAUGAGUUCUCUUCAGUUCUGUAACUGAGACUAUGAGAAUUUCACUGGCAAAUGAUUGAAGUUUGUGGCAAUCAAAUCCAUAAACGGAAGAAAAAAGAAAGAAUGUAUCCUUGUUUUAUAGUUAAAAUCUGUGGGUACUUAACAGUUUUUUUUCAAGUGGAAGUGGUCUUGAAGACCAGACUGCUUUUUCUUUGAAAACUGCAUUUGAGUCAUGUAUGAAAACUUUGUAUUAUGUCUUGUAUUAGUUCAAUGUGAUUUUACAAAAUGCUGGUGUUUACUUUUUUUACUUUUUUUUUUUCUACUGAUUGUUUAGACAUGCAUCUUUAAAGCUAAAAAUAAAAUAUGCAGUUUUUUAUUUUAA